UCCCAGCUCCGGUGCGGGCGGCUCCCGCUAUGGCUGCACUGCGGAGGCUCCUGUGGCCGCCGCCUCGGCUGCCGCCUCCGCUGUCGGCUCACCAGCCCUUCCCAGGGCCGUGGGGGCGGCCUGCGGGGACAGCCCCGGGCCUUCCCGGGCGGCCCUUCCCCUGCCGGGAGGAUGAGGAGCGAGCUGUGGCCGAGGCGGCUUGGAGGCGGCGGCGGCGCUGGGGCGAGCUGAGCAUCGCGGCGGCGGCCGGCGGGGGUCUCGUCGGCCUCGUGUGCUACCGGCUGUACGGGGAGCCCAGGUCCGACCCACCCGAGCCCGGACGGCCCUCAGAGAGCGCGGCCGCGGAGCCCGAGGACCCACCCCGCGGCCGGGGGCUGUUGCCCAUCCCGGUCGCGGCUGCCAAGGAGACCGUUACUGUUGGCAGAACAGACAUUGAAGACUUAGACCUCUAUGCUACGUCUCGGGAGAGGCGAUUUCGUUUAUUUGCUUCUAUAGAAUGUGAAGGGCAGUUAUUCAUGACUCCGUAUGAUUUUAUUUUGGCUGUUACAACAGAUGAGCCCAAAUUUGUUAAAACAUGGAAGUCACUUUCCAAACAGGAAUUGAAUCAGAUACUCUCAGAAACACCACCAGUUUGGAAAGGAUCAUCAAAGCUAUUUCGAAACCUUAAAGAAAGAGGUGUGAUUUCUUAUACAGAAUAUCUUUUUCUUUUAUGUAUUUUAACAAUUUUUGCUCAUGGACUUAAAAUGUUAGUGCUAAAGACCAGCAGGUAUUAUACACUUCAAGAGAUAUUCAGGAAAAAAAAUGAAAAGAGAGAAACUAAAGGAGAUGAAGAAAAGCGUGCAUUGCUGCGUCUUCAACUUUAUGGAUACCAUUCUCCUACUAAUAGUGUACUUAAAACAGAUGCUGAGGAACUUGUCUCCAGAAGCUAUUGGGAUACAGUGAGACGUAACACGAGCCAAGCACUCUUUUCAGACCUCGCAGAGCGUGCUGAUGACAUCACAAGUUUAGUAACUGAUACUACACUUCUUGUACACUUUUUUGGAAAGAAAGGAAAAGCUGAGCUCAACUUUGAAGAUUUUUAUAAAUUCAUGGAUAACCUCCAAACAGAAGUUCUAGAAAUAGAAUUCCUUUCCUACUCUAAUGGAAUGAAUACUAUCAGUGAAGAAGAUUUUGCUCAUAUUCUUUUACGAUAUACAAAUGUGGAAAAUACAUCAGUAUUUUUGGAAAAUGUGCGUUACAGUAUAUCUGAAGAAAAGGGCAUCACAUUUGAUGAAUUCAGGUCAUUUUUUCAGUUUCUUAACAACCUAGAAGACUUUGCAAUAGCCCUGAAUAUGUAUAACUUUGCAAGUCGUUCUAUAGGGCAAGAUGAAUUUAAACGUGCCGUCUAUGUAGCUACUGGACUCAAACUUUCACCACAUUUGGUGAACACUGUCUUCAAGAUUUUUGAUGUUGACAAAGAUGAUCAAUUAAGUUAUAAAGAAUUUAUUGGAAUUAUGAAAGACAGACUCCAUAGAGGAUUCCGGGGUUAUAAAACAGUCCAGAAGUAUCCAACUUUCAAAUCAUGCCUGAAGAAAGAACUCCAUAGCAGAUAAAUACUCGUAAAGCAAAGUUUAAAGGAUUACUAUUUAUGUGACAAAUGCAAGAAGCAGAAAUUUCAGAGAGAGGAAGCAGGUCUGAGAUCAGAACAAGUAGAAAAUGAAGGAAAAGGUGGAAUGCUGUGAAAUUUAUAUUUUUUCUUGAACCGAAUUCUUAAACAUAAAACAGAUAAAAUGCAUCUUCUUACUACAAAUGUUAUAUAUACUCAAGUUGAGCUUUUGCCUUGAUUUACUGAACUUUCUGCACUUUUUCAUUCCCUUCAGAAGUAUAUAUAUACUUCCAAUGACUACAUAAGAAUGUAUGUAAAAUAUUUUUUAUUUAUUUAUUAGUAAUUUGCCUCAUUUCAAAAUAAUUUAUGACUCGUGGAAUAUAGAUCACCUAAAAAUGAACAUCACAUUUUCUUUGUUUUGGGACUGUGAACUUAUUUUCAGAGAAUGAAUAUUGCUUAGGAUUUCUCUUAGGACCCUUAGCAUUGUUAACAAAUCUGUUAUUUAUCAGAUUUUUAAUUACAUUGAAAUAAUUCUGGAAAACUAAAUGAAGCUACUGUAUAAUGUAAUGGUUUACAUUGUACUUUUAACUUUUAAAAGUACUAACAUAUGUUGCUUGACUUGCAUAAAAAGUUUUUUAAAAUUUUUGUUCAUUUACCAAAGUCAACAGAAUGUCUAGUAUUCUUUUAUGUAUGCAGUAAUUUAAAAUGUAGAUUUUUUUUUACCCCCAAAAACAGUCAUGGCAGUGAUAGUUGUCAUAACAGUAAUCACUGUCCUUGUCACUAUCUUCUAAAACAUAAUGCUGCUCCUGAUUGCAGGUAGUAUAUGUUAAUAACACUAGUAAAAAUACUAUCUUAGAGCCUGUUGCAUAUUGUCAAUGUAUGUAUGUAACAUCAAAGUGGGUGUUGUAAGAGACUAAUAUAAAAUGGUUUAGAAGACUGAUGUAUAUAUUAGGUAGAAGCUAAUAUUUUGUUUUUUUUCAAAAGGACCACAUGCAAAAGUGAUGCCAAACAGCCAGUAAUAAUGAAUCAUUUAAAUAUAAUUUAUUAUUUCAAAAUAAUAUGUCUUAAAAAGGAAAAUAAAAACUUUCUAUUGAAUCACAAUGAAAUUAGAUUUUCACAUGGAGAAAUAAUUUAAUAGUACUUAAUAGAAAUCUAUUCAAUUCAGAACAUUUACUUUAUACAAGGAUACUAUACCAAAAUAGAAUAAUGAACUUAAAUUAAUAAAUUUAUAUAUCGCAUGUGGAAGAUAAGCUCAUUUAUCUUCCUUUCUAAGACAUAUUUAAUAUAAGUUAUAUACACUCCAACUAGUACCUUGCUUUUGCAUAUGAAAAUAGGAAACACUGAUUUUGUUUUUGUAAGUUAUUAUAUGUGAAAUUGAUCUGCAUCAACUUAUUUAUAAAAGUAUUAUUAUUUCCGAGAAAAUAUUAUUAGCAUUGAUUUUGUAUUUGUUAGACUUUCUACAUUCUUUAUCUGAUAUUAUUUAUUACACUAAUUAGAAAUAUAUAAUUCAUAAAUUUAAGGAUCCCAUCUUGUAUAAUAAUUUAAUUUCACCUGCUUUGAAGGUUGACUCAAAUGACUAAAUGAAAAUGCCUUCCCACUCAUUUAACAUGCCCGGGUCUUUUUUUUACACUGUGAACUUCCUAGAGAAGUAAUCCCAGGUCUACUUUAUCUUAUACUGAAGGUUCUCAACAUUAUUUGGUAUCUAAAAUAAUUGAAAAAAUGUAAUUUUCUUUAAUCCUUGACUGUAAGUUAUAUUAUCUUACAUACAUGGAAAAUCCUAUAAAUAUAGAUUAAAAAUUAAAUUAGCCCAUUAAAAUCCUUUACAAUUCUGUUAUUCUCCCAAGAAAAAAUAGUAUACUACAUACACAGUCUUUAUUCUUUACUGCUUAUCAGAGUGAAUGGGUGAAUAUCUGUUUGAAAGGUUGCCGCAUAAUGUUAAAAUGGGUAUAAAAUAUUCUGAUCAAUUAAAGUGUAAAGGAAAGUAGUAAAUUACAGUGAGUCCCUUCAUAUUAUCACUCUGGAAUUUUAUCAUAUAUAAAAUGAGAGGUAAAAAUAGCUCACUAGAUUGUUAUUUGCAUCAAUUUAAAAUUUUUUAAAUGCUUUGAAAAUAAUAAUGUCCUAACUAUUAAUACAUGUAUGCUGUUAUUUUCAGUAUUUCUUUCCACAAACUAUUCUUUGGAAAGCUAAACAGUUUAUAGUACUUCUCAGAAUCACUUCAUAAUAAGAAAUUUAUUAAACUUAAAUUUCAAUUUAUUUUUCUUAUAAUUAUAAAGCAACCUGUCUUACAUUCUUAUAUUAUCUUAAAAUAAAUACCUGCCCAUUAAUCAGGAAACAUUGUACUUUGCUUUUAUGUAUGUCUGUGGACUAAUAAUGUCCUUCUGAAAUGUUACCUCCAAACUUUGGAAAUCUUUAUGGGUUACCAAACUUCUAUUGAUCUUCUACUCUCUUCUGUGGCAAUACAUGCCAAUGAAAUUUAUCUCAUCAACACCUUUAUAAGUAAGUAAAUCACACAGAGCCAUAAUGCUGCCUCUCAAAGUGCAUCAUAGGAAUUUCUACAUUAUAGAACUGUGGUCAUUGGUACUAGAAAGUGUUUCAGAAAGUUUACAUGUGACUUAAUGGAGUAUUAGUUUUGUUUAAAAUAAUUAGACCAAAACUAUAGCAGCCCCUGUUUUACAAAUGUUGGUGUUUUGUAAGUAUUGUCUUCCUAAGACAAAACCUAGAAAUCUAUCAGUUUUCAAAAUACACUAGUCAUUAUCCUACUUCUUAUAGCCAUAGAGUAAAUUAACACAUGUUAAAAGCAUAGUGCUUUUACUUCCAAAGGGUGUAAAAAUAUGAAUUGUAUAAUGUUCAGUAAGUCUAAUAAAAAUUCUAAGUGUUAAGAAA